AACGAAACGCCAUCUGCAUCGAUUACUGGAUACUAUUUCAUAUUUUUGUUCUUCGAAUUAAUCGUGAAACAUACUUGAAAACAGCGAAUAAACAACAAUUUUGUUUGUUUAAAUAUAAAAUUAAUCAUCGAUAAUUGUAUGCAAUACGUUUGCUAUUAGCAAAUUUGUCAUUUUUCAAAUUGAAGGUGUUAUUUAAGGGAUAUUAUAUGUUUUGCGCAAUAUUUAAAGGUAUCCUUAUAUUUAACGAGCUAUUUCAAAACACAAGAGAUGCAUAUAUCGAAGAAAACAAAAGUAUUGUCUUAUUUGGUAGUAUGGAGGUUAAUUUCCGUCUUCGUGGUUCAAACCGCGCAUGUACCGGAUGAAUAUUGGCAAUCAUUAGAAGUUGCUCAUCGUUUAGCAUUUGGAUAUGGAUAUGUUACGUGGGAGUGGGAUAUGAAAAUUCGCAGUUACAUAUAUCCAUUUUUGUUAUCCGUUAUAUAUCAAGCGUUAGCGUCGAUAUCGUUAGAUCAUGUAAUAAUUUUAACAACAGUACCUCGAGUACUUCAAGCAACGAUCAGUGCUUACGGAGAAUACAAAUUCUACGAGUGGUCCAAGAAUAAAUGGGCACUGUAUAGUUUAUGCAUAAACUGGUACUGGUAUUAUUGUGCCACUCGUACAUUGAUCAAUACCUUAGAAACUGCAUUUACUAUGAUAGCUUUAUCGAUAUUUCCAUGGCGUGACAGUAAUGUUAGAAGCAUAAAGUAUUUCUGGAUCGUAGGGUUUUUAUGUAUGAUUAGACCUACCGCUGCUAUUAUAUGGUUGCCUUUAUGUAUUUACCAUUUAUGUACAAGUUUAGAAAACAAGUUGAACCUAAUAAGUCGAUACAGUGUAAUAUGUAUUAUCUGUUGUUUCAGUUCGAUAUUAUUGGAUACUUACUAUUAUGGUACGUUAACUAUUUCACCUUGGGAAUUCUUUCGUGUGAAUGUACUUUAUAAGGUUGGUGAUUUAUAUGGAACGCAACAUGUAUUAUGGUAUAUCGUGUGUGGAUUACCAGUACUUUUAGGGUGCCAUUAUGUUUUACUUUUAUUAUGUAUUUUACAAAUAACAAAACAUCCAUCCAGUUUUCACCGUCAAGCAGUUAUGUUAGUUGUUAUAGUUUGGACAUUUGGUAUCUAUUCUUUGUUGGCCCAUAAAGAAUUUCGAUUUUUAUUACCUCUUUUACCAAUGUGUAUAUACAUAUGUACCUCGUGUACAUUCUCUUUGAAUGCAAAGUUUAUAAAAACAGCAAGAAAUAUUUUUGUGGGGCUAUUAAUACUAACCAACGUGUUACCUGGCCUUUACUUUAGUUUGGUACAUCAACGUGGAUCGUUGGAUCUAAUGAACCUGCUUCAUAAGGAAGUUGUUAACACCGAUAAUAGCAACAUAUUGUUUCUGACUCCUUGUCACGCUACUCCUUUAUAUAGUCAUUUACAUACGAACGUAUCUAUCAAAAUACUAACUUGCGAACCUAAUUUUACCAAUGAUAUAAGCUAUAUGGACGAAGCCGACACGUUUUUUGCAAAUCCAAUGCAGUGGCUCGAUGAAAAUUAUAGCGGUAACAAAAAUACUACCAUUCCUAAUUAUGUAAUAUCGUUUGAUCAUAUUGUACCGAAAAUACGUCGAUUUUUGAAACAUUAUCGGUUGUGGUCGCAAAUUUUUUAUACGCAUUUUCCACAAUCAAAUUAUGGAAAAUACAUUUAUGUGUAUAAGCGUAAAUGAGAACUCGGUAAACGAAAAUAUGUAUUUAUCUUGUUGCGCUAGUAAAUUAUUCUUUAUUACCGUUAUUUAUGGUUAUACUACUUAACUUGUGUCACGCUAUUUAUUAAUUGGUUAUUUUUAUUUGUUUCCCGAAAUAAAUAUUUUCACGAAUCUCGUUAACUCAUUGAUAAGUGAAAAUAAAUACGCGCGCAAGACAUCUUGCCCUUACAAAUAUAACAGAUUACUUACGCAGUAAUGUCUCGUCUUAUAAUUCGUAGGACGAAGGAUCGAUAUAAAUUUAGCUUGGGACAAAUUUUUAUGAAAUCGCUAACGAUACUAAAGCUAUACUCGGAUAACGACGAUGAGAUGACCGUUAUACUUGACUUUCGAUGAUUUAGAAAUUGACUUAUUUUCUAAUUGCCGAGAAAUGGAAGAUAAGCAUAUACCGUAACCAUAAAAGGCUCGGAUCUUAUUUAGAAAGCUUAUGCAAGGACGAUAAUCCUAACGGCACUUGUUCGAUGCUGAUGAUAUGCAUCGUUCGUAAUAUAAUACUAAUCUACGAUAUUAGAUAUCUAAAUACUUAACUAUCGCGUAUCUACGUAUGUAAUAACUUGCAGUCUAUACGAAUGAGAGAUCAACUAAAAUAGGAUAAAUAAAUGAAUAAAGUUUUACAGUUACUUUA